AUGUCCAAAACCUGCAGCUCUGGAAACUUCUCUCCCAGCUCUCCUGCGGCCUGUCAGAGCAACCCAACCUCAUCCUAUGGCUCUUCCGCCCCCAGCAACCUGGUGUUCAAGACUAAUCUCUCUUCUUCCAGCACCUCCACUGGCCCAAGGCCUUCCUCCAGCUCUGGUGGGAUGUCCUGCUCACUCCCAAAACCUUCUGCAGUCCUAAUUCCCUGUGUGAUAUCUUACACUGGACCUAUAGGUGGAGGGUCCAGCAGCAGUGGCUCACAGGGAUAUGGAUCUGGAAGUUCUCACUCAAUGGGAGGUGGCUCCGGAGGCUUCAGACCCCAGAGUCACGGAGGCUGUGGCUCUCAUUCAAUGGGAGGUGGCUCCGGUGGCUCCCAGUCUAUGGCGACGCCAUCACGAAACCUAGCGGAUCGCUGGGCUCCGCACUUGGGCACAUGUAGAUUGGAAGGCGAUGGGAAAGCUUCAGCAGCUGAGGAAUAUGACCAGCUGAAGAACAUGACCAGCUUCAAUCAUCCAGAACAACACGUCGAAGAUGCUGAAUUGAGGAGCCCCGGAUUAGCGGAAAAUCAGAAACAGGACUGUAAAGAUUUAAGCAAAGAUUAG